CCAUGGGUGAUCUGCACGCCAUUGCUUACAGAACCACCACCUCUUCCCUAGCCGGAGUUGGUGGUUGGGACCUCCACGACCUCGCCGCCGGCGGCUUCCCGUCUCCCGUGUCGGAAAACACGCCGCCGUUCUUCUCGUACUUGGACUCCGACGACCUAUCCACCGGCUACCUGGAAGACGCCUUGUUCAAGUUCAGCUCCAAGAGGAGGAGGCUGUUAUUGUUCGAUGAUGAUAAUGAUCAAAGCAAAGAUUUUAAUAAUGAUCUUUGGAGAUGCUUGGAUAAUGGGAACACAAACCUCAAUUGUUUUGAAAAUUAUGAUUGCUUGAGCCAGAUAACCAAGUGUGAUAGCCUUUCAGGUGAGGGAAUAUGCAAAUCUGGAAGUAGGAUGAGCACUGAGGAAACUUCCUUUUUCACAGAAAUGAAAAGAAACAAUCCAUCAUCAUCAGAUGAGGAAGCCAUCUCGGCUUUGGCAGCAUACCAAGAUUAUUCGUCGUCCUCUUCCCGGAAAUACCCUGCAGAUAAGCCUGCCCCACCGCCCACGGUGGACCCAUCGUCCUUUUCCGCCGGAAGCGAGGAGGAGCGGCGGCGGAGGAAGAGGGUGGUGUCACCGUCGGCGGCGGCGGCGAAGCUGGUGUACCCCUUCGCGGUGGUGAAGCCGGGAGGGAAGGAAGGUGACGUGACGCUGAACGACAUCAACGAGAGGAUUCUGAUGCCGCCGACUCGGCCGGUGAAGCAUCCCGUCGGGGACUUCGCUUGCCGGCCGCUGGUGUCGCCGGACGGACCCGGAUUGUCCGGCAAGGCGGUGGUGGCCUUGACUAGGAUUCAGACUCAGGGUAGAGGGACCAUCACCAUAAUCAGGACAAGAGGCUGAAAUUUAUUUACUUUUAAAUGGGGGACAAAAAAAAUGAAAAAAUGGGAGGUGUUUUUGUUUACUACUAGUGAUAAGGAGUAAAACAUGCUUGAAUUGUAUAGUAGAGGAGGGAGACAUGUUUGUAUACAUAUUUUGUUGUUAUUGCAUAGUGGAAUAUAUAAAAGAUGGCUUGUUUAAUCUCAAAA